GUGUGGACUGGCAGCCACUCUGCAGCUGGUCGCCGGGGACCCGAUCCCUCCCGCGUGCCUGAGUGAUGAAGGGGAAGACAUUCGCUUAGACACACACACACGCGCGCACACAGCUGGGCACGUCUCCCGGAGGCAGCCGCCGGGGGCCGGGCGGCGGCCUGACAACAGCAGCCGCGGGGAGCCGGGCGCCCACACAGCUUGGCCCCGGCGGCUCCGAGACCCGGGAAGGGAAGAUCCCAGCCGCACUGACUGUCGCUCUUUUAGGCAGAUCGGGAGGAAGCAGGCUGCCCGAGGACCUGUCACCGCGGACGCAGGAGGCUCUUCGCUCGGCGCUCAGAGUCCAGGGCCGCGCCGGUGAAGGCGUGGGGAGAGGAGGAUGCUCACCUCCGCCCGCAGAGCGUCUGCGGGCCCCGGCUCUGCGCGGACUCCGGCUCCCGCGGCUGCCCCUGCUGUGCCCGCGCCGCUGGAGCGCGCCCUGUCGUACCUGCCUCCUGCCUCUCCGGGAAGUGCAGGAAACGCGCCCUAAACUCCACUACUUCUCGCCCGCCUCCUCCCCUUCCCGGCUCCCCGCCCCGGACCUCGCAGCCGCCGGCGUGUAGGACCCGCCCGCCUCUUACUCACGCGCGCACGCACUGCCCCGCUCGCUCGCUCCCAUUCAAGCAGACUGGCUCUCGGUGCAGCCAAAGCCCCGGGCGUCCGAAACUACUGGACCAACUGCCGCCGGGACUGCAGGAGACGCCCGGUGGCCCGGCGCGACUCGCCGCUGGUCCCUGCGCCCCGGACGCUCGCCCGCGCCGCCGCCGCCGGAGACCUUGAGAUUAUCAGGAACCCAGAGGCUUCGGUGUUGUCUCCCCUUCUCAAUGGCGUUUCUGGCGUCCACCUCAGGAGUCUCCUUAGCCAGCCUUGAUACACUCGGAAAUUAAACAGAGGAUCCACUGCAUAUAUUCUUGAAAAUUUUCAUCGUAUAUGUUCAGAACUUACCAAAUAAGCAUAAGGAUUUGAAGGUACUAACAGAGUGAGGGACAGGCCAAAAGCACAGCAGUAGGUGUGGAGAGGCCAUGGAAUAUCCACCCGCCAGAUAAUCAUCGCUGGAGUAACUGGAAGCAUCUGAAUGUAGAUUGAAGCCGCGUAAGUAGCCCUUUUUAUUUACCCCUUCAUAAAAGCAUUUGCCUCUUUUGGUUUUCACCUUCUCAUCUUCUACUUCAAGAUACAAUGGAAGGAAAUUUGGGGCUGCAGGAGUCCUGAAGGUUGAUGGAGGGCCAUGCUAUUCAAACAGCAGGCGUGGCUGAGACAGAAGCUCCUGGUGCUGGGAAGCCUUGCCGUUGGAAGUCUCCUGUAUCUAGUCGCCAGAGUUGGGAGCUUGGAUAGGCUACAACCCAUCUGCCCCGUCGAAGGCCGAUUCGGAGCCCGUGGCCAGGCUGAAUUCCCCCUGCGCGCCCUACAGUUUAAGCGUGGCCUGCUGCACGAGUUCCGGAAGGGCAACUCUUCCAAGGAGCAGGUACACCUUCAGGACCUGGUCCAGCAACUUCCCAAGGCCAUUAUCAUUGGAGUGAGGAAAGGAGGCACCAGGGCCCUGCUUGAGAUGCUGAACCUCCAUCCCGCAGUGGUCAAAGCCUCUCAAGAAAUCCACUUUUUUGACAAUGAUGAUAAUUAUGCCAAGGGCAUUGAGUGGUAUAGGAAAAAGAUGCCUUUUUCCUACCCUCAGCAAAUCACAAUUGAAAAGAGUCCAGCGUAUUUUAUCACAGAGGAGGUUCCGGAAAGGAUUUACAAGAUGAACUCAUCCAUCAAGUUGUUGAUCAUUGUCAGGGAGCCAACCACAAGAGCUAUUUCUGAUUACACUCAGGUGCUAGAGGGGAAGGAGAGAAAGAAUAAAACUUAUUACAAGUUUGAGAAGCUGGCCAUAGACCCUAAUACCUGCGAAGUGAACACGAAAUACAAGGCAGUAAGAACCAGCAUCUACACCAAACAUCUGGAAAGGUGGUUGAAGUACUUUCCAAUUGAGCAAUUCCACAUUGUUGAUGGAGAUCGCCUCAUCACGGAACCCCUACCAGAACUUCAACUUGUGGAGAAGUUCCUAAAUCUUCCCCCAAGGAUAAGUCAAUACAAUUUGUAUUUCAAUGCUACCAGAGGGUUUUACUGCUUGCGAUUUAACAUUAUCUUUAACAAGUGCCUGGCGGGCAGCAAGGGGCGCAUUCAUCCAGAGGUGGACCCCUCUGUCAUUACCAAAUUGCGCAAAUUCUUUCACCCUUUCAAUCAAAAAUUUUACCAGAUCACUGGGAGGACAUUGAACUGGCCCUAAAAUAAUACGUCAUACAACACUGUGUGUUGUGCCUGGAGACAGACAAUGUCUCUUCUAGAUUAAAAUAUGCACUUUUCCUAGACACAACUGUCCACGUCAUUUUUCCAUGUAUACUUGUACAUAUGCAGUGUGUGACCAAAUAUAAGAUCAGCUCUUUUUCUACUGAAAAUUUACAAAAUCAAAACAAAACAAAACACCAAUUUGCAGUCUACAUAGUUGCAUCUUUUAUGCUAUUUACAAAAAGAAGAGGUGGUGGUACUGGGAAAAAGUGACUUCAGCUAUUCUCAAAGAGUUAGUCUUCCUUCAAGUCAGGAUUUAUCGCCUGCCAUUUUCAUAGAUUUAAGCCAAAAGAUGAACAUGUGAAAAUGUACCAAUGGCUGUGAAGUUUCAGGAAGUAGAGGAUUCAGUUAUGCAUACUUUUCUAAGGGAAAGCUGACUCUUUAAUUCAGUUGCUGAAUUGAUGCCAUGAAAACAGAAAAUACUAUUUUCUUAUUAUUUAAAAGAAUGUCUUAGCUCAUAAAAUUGACAUCAUUCCAAAGUUCCCGUGGUGAUUUUGCACUAUUGUUUUCUCGUAUGGACCAUGGUGUCACGUGUAGCAUGUCAAUCACACGUCGGAAAGUUGAGUCCUUUUGCUUCCAUGUUCUAUGUCAACAAAGAGAAAAGUCAUGUACAUAUUGUAUAUAGUUGUAAAUACUGCUUUCACACUAAGUAAUUCUAUUUUGUAAACUGAAUAUGGCUAUUUAAUUUAUUGUGGAAAUUAAAUUUAUUGUGGUAUUUAAAAAAUGGAAUGGAUUAAAAUUACUCUAUGUGCAA